UGACGCAACUUCCGGUAGAAACAUGGCUGCGCCCUGACAAAUGUCACAUUAGUUUUGGGCAACGCGACCAAAACAGGCACUCUAUAUUCCAUAAAACCUAAAUUCUCCUUUGUUAACCGGGCACAUUGUGCUGCUUUCCCCAUUCAAGACUUCAGAGCUUUGAAAGUUUUCAGUGGGCAUCAUGGUCCAUCUAACGUCGCAGCUUUUAAAGCGGUACCACGGGGGCUAUGUGGUCAUCCGCAUGGCUCUGGCAGGUCACAAGCAGGCCAACAGACCCUUCUACCGCAUCGUGGCGGCGUUCAACAAGCGGGCGAGGGACGGCAAGUACAUUGAGCAGCUGGGUACAUACGACCCACUGCCCAACGUGUACAAUGAGAAGCUGGUCAGCUUCAACUCGGACCGCAUCAAGUACUGGAUUGGCUGCGGUGCCCACACCACCAAGCCAGUGGCCAAACUUCUAGGUUUAGCGGGGUUCUUCCCCCUUCAUCCAAUGACGGUGACAGAGGCGGAGCGUCGGCGAGCCGAAGCGAAGCGGACCGAAGCGGAAACGGAAACAAAUCUGGAGGCGCAAGUGUGAAGAGUUGCAAUGUGAUUGCAGAGGCUUUUUUUGUACAUUGUAUAUUAUGUUAGACCUGUGUGUGAUGCACUGAGUGAACUAAUAAAUAAAAGUAUCCAAAAGAAAUAGAA